AACAAAAAAAAAAAACAAAAUUGAAAAAAAAUAACAAAACAGUGCGAACUUCACCAUCAUCUCGAGCUCAAAUGAGAAAAUCGAUAUUUUCUUACCUUACUAUUAAAGACAUACGACUUUUUUUUAUUGUGAUUAAAUAUCUGGAAAUUUAAAUAAAAUAAAAAACAACAAAAUGCUUACAAAUUUUUAAAACAGACGACUUUACUAAACACAACCACACAAAUGUAUUUAUUGUGAAAAUUACAAUAACGUUUUAAAGUAGAUAACUUCCCCACCUUCACGUUUCAUUUAUUAAAAGGUGGUAAUACUAGUUGAAAGGAGAUGCAUGCUGUGGGCAUUCAUUCGGCUAUGGCUAUAAAGCGUCAACGAAAGAGACGAGACGAACAAAAACGGGCACGCGAAAGACGAUACAGUACGCAGAGUUCGGAAAGCGGGGAAACAUUUCAUUCACCCAGUGGAUCAUUUCGCCGCAAGUAUCAUCAGGCUCAUCAUGCUGUCAAACCAGGCCCAGGAAUGCUCGAUAGUCAAGUAGUAACCAGUAUAGGGAUGUUACAUAUUGGUAUAGUAUUCAUAGUAUUUGGUUUAUUUUUAUGUGGUGCUGGGAUUAUACCGGACGAGACCAUGUCUUGGAAUGUUUUUAGCUCUAGUACGGCCUGGUGGAAUGAAGUUACCGCUACAGGAAUUUUUUCAUUGGGUCUUGGCGUAUUUUUACUAAUUUUGAACUGCCUAAUAAGUCGAAAGGAAGAGGAAGAUCUGGAAGACUAUGUUCAACGUCAAUUGACUAGAUCCAGAUCGGGCCAUCGUCUCGAACGUGACGUUGAAACAGGCGUAUUAACGACGCGACAUACCCGCAAAGCAGUAGCACUACAAAAAAAUGGGCAAAACGAUACAUCAACUGAUGUGGCUUUAGUGAAUAGUUCAGCUACUGAUAUUGUUGCCAACGGCUCUAUAGCAGGCAGAAAUUGUUUGAAUACUUCCGCUGACAUAUUACUGGAAAGAAUCGUGGAAGAGGACACUGCAUAUCUAAAUGAUCGCAGUCCUGGCAUAUCGCCAGUGGAAAUAGAAAACGAUACCAAACAAUUAUUACGUAGUGAAUCCAUUAACGAUACAAUCAAUAUAACACGAAUAUAAGACGAUACAUUACAAAUAGCGAAAAAUAUAAAUAUAAAUAGAAAUAACGUUUAGGACGCACAUUUAUAUAUCCAUAUAAAAACAAUGCAAUUUUAAAGUAAAUACCUUUUCAUUUUCUUUCUUAUGAAUACGAAAAGUUUUACUGAAGGUCUUCUUUUUUUUUCAUUGAAAACGUUAAUUAAGCAUAAUGUUAAGCCAGAAUCUCUCUAAAAAUUAAUUGUAAGAAAAAAGAACAUAAAUAAGAAAAUUGAAAAAAAAAAAUAUGUAAACGCCAGACCACAUACGUGCAUAAGUUUUUUUACUUAAAUUUACUACACUUUUACAACGAUUUUAUUAUGAACAUUACAUAUAUAUACGUAUGUAUGUAGAUGCAUUAUAUAUAUAUACAACUUAUAAGGACACCGUAUA